AUGAUCCUAAGAUGGUGUAGUGGUAUCUUCUUUUUACUCUUGUUCACGGAUUCUACGGCUUUAAAAUCUAGCUUUACAUAUCAUCCUCAAGGCUCAAACACAUUGUUAUAUAGUCCCGGGUUAGAGCCUAUUAUGCAUUUGGAUCAGGUAGGUUUUAGGGCUUUAUAUUGGAACAUAUUUACUUUAACUUAUAGUUGGCAAUUCGUUAAAAAAGAUAGUCAAAAAAGUCUUGUCGUAAAUUUACAAACGUUUUAAUGUUAAAAAACGGCGAGACAUUUUUUUGUAAUUUGAAGCUUUAUACCAUUCACUAGUACACUACCUGUACUCAGUUGACUCCCCCAGGUUCUUCAGUAACGUACUUUAGUAUACUAUAUAAAACAACCUUUACAGGUCACCUUCGACGAGACCAUCUUUGACAUGAACAAGAAAAACUCGUUCUUGGUCGAGUUCUAUGCUGAUUGGUGUGGUCAUUGUCGUGCCUUUGCACCAUAUUUUAAAGAAUUUGCAUCGUUAGUCUCAAACUGGAAUGAAGUUACGAUCGUGGCUGCUAUCAACUGUGCCGACAGCUUUAACGCUGACAUUUGUCGAAAGAAUGGUAUCACUUACUUCCCUAUGGUUAAGGUGGGUUAUUGUUACAUAAAGAAUUGUAAUAAUAUUAUGAUAUUGUCUUAUGACACAAAAGAGCUGAGGAUAUGGUAUGGUAGAGUAGAGUAGGGUGGGUAGGAUAAGGUAGAAUGUAAAAUAAAACCAGGCGUGAAUACAAUAUACUCUUACAGUACUUUCCCCGAGUAGCCUCAAACUACGCUGAAGGACAGUUACUAGACCCAUCUCAUUCAGCCACCAAUCUUAGAGAUCAACUGGCUUCAAAAGUCACCAAUGAAUACAGUGUACGACGCUAUCCGGAAUGGCCCAACUUUAGUUAUGUUGAUGUUACUGGGUAUGUCAUUUUUAAACCUCGCAAACCACCUCUUCCUCAAUUUUUUACAAGGCUAAUAUGAGCUUGUUCAAGUAAUUCCUGUCCUCUCUUUUAGCAAUUUUUUUUGAAGCUGAAGGGCACAAAAUUAUUUGAACAAAAGUAAUAUAUUAAUAUUGAACUUGAUCCCCCAUGUUAACGUUAAAUUUUUUUUUCAAAAUCCGUUAAAAAUCUUUGACCCCCCCUCCCCCUAUCCACAAUUUCCACCCCACCCACUCCCAAUGCUGAUUUUACCCAAAUUUUUAAAAAUAAUUCCAAAUCUUUUAGCAACACCAAAUUCGAAGACCUUUGGAAUGGAGUUUUGCCUCAGGCCAAGUAUAUGACAAUUGUAUUCGAGCAGUACGACAGUGUAGCCGCUCAAGCCAUGUUGGACCUAUGGCCGUACCGGAACCACGUUGGCGUCCGCCGUGCCAUGGGUAAUUCGCCGUUAGUUCAAAUGCUACACAUUGCCAACUUCCCUUAUGUGGCUUUGUUCAAGCGAGGGAAUCAGCAGAGCAUCUUUAUGAGCCCGUAAGUAUCUUUUACUAUUAUACUAAAUCAUGAGUAUCUUUACUACGAUAUCUUUGUAAUAUAAUUCUCUAGCCCAACCUACACUAAUAUAAAGUUUAUAUUAGAUUUUUCAAAUAAUUCUAAGCCCUCAACCCAAAAUUUCGCUUUGUGAGGGGGCACAGAAUUAAUUAAACAAAUAAAAACAAUUUUGAAUAAUUUUACAUUGUUAUACCCAUGUGAUUUACAAAUUUCAGGUACGGCUACACCACCCUACAAGACAUCAUGGCCCGAGCCGAUCCAAACGAACGUGUCACUCGCCCUCCAGUCAUCACAACCACAACUCCAAAGCCCGAAAACCUUGUGAAUUGUGAAAAGAAUCCAGAAAAGUGUCAGACAAUGUACUUCGCAUCGGAAACGGACAUGCUGAAGGCUAUGCGACAAGCCCUGGUCGAUGAAAUCAUUCGAACCAACGACUUUGUCAAUGGCCAAAACUUUACAAAUUUACAGAACUUCGUUGGGCUUUUGGCUGAUGUAAGUUUUGGAAAGAAUAAAUUAGGUUUUCAAAUAAUUCUGUGCCUCCUAGUAUCAAAAAUUUUCUUUGAGAGGCAGCACAGAAUUAUUUGAACAACGUAAUACCAAACCUAACGAAAAUACUCUUUAAAGUACAGAUGUCCAUGUACUAACGGUAACACUGAUUUAGUACUGUAUGGUACCACGUACCAUUUUUUAAAACCCGUUUUUUUAUGUUUUCAUAUAUUGAAACGCCAUUACCUUUAAUCUUUGUGAAAAAAUCUUUCUUUUCAGCAUUUCCCCACAGUAUCGUACGCUAACGGUCUUCAACGCCGAGCUCUUAAACGAUCAACAAGUGUGGUAGGUUCACAUUAUUAGUUUCGUUUCCACGUACCUCUUUAGUAUGAAACUCAAAGGUCUGGUCUAAACCUGUCCUUAUAAACAGGGUGUCGCACUAAAGAGAAUUUAAUUUAACUAUUAGUUGCACCAAAAGUAGUGAGGCACAUUUUAGUUAAAAAAUAAAUAAAAAUUGUCCCGCUACUUUUGGUUCAAUAGUUUUUUUCGAAUUUCCAAAAUUUUUAAGAACCCAGCUUUAAAAAAAUAAAACGAACCUUUUUUAAUAAAACCAUAACUACGUUAACAUAAUAUGAAUAAUGUCACUUUUCAGUCCCUGAAAAAAAGCGCAGCGGCCAAAGAAAUCUUUGAUCAGUUGAGGAAGAUGCUUGACACCAAACCAGGAAAGAUCUCCAUCAAAGAAUGGAAAACAACUUUUGAAGGACUUGAAGUAAGUUUUUUUACUUUACAUCACCUAUACUAAUGUGAUAAGUAUAAUAUGCAAAAGCUAUUGUACUGACCACAUCAGUAUAACCUUCAAAAAGUCGUCAGGUACCGAAUUUUUGUAAAAUUUUCUUCAAUUUUUAAAUGCCCCUCCAACAUAAAAAUAAAAAAUCAGGACCGCUACGGAAAACCAUUCCCAACCGACUCAGAUUGGCAGCAUUGCCGUGGUAGCACUGGCCAAUACAGAGGUUACACUUGUGGACUGUGGACGACAUUCCAUACAUUGACAAUCCACACCUACAUGGACACUAUCAAAGGUAAUUUUGCAAAUCUUUCGUUUCCAACUCUUAAACUCAUUAGAACCAACAUUAAACGCCAUAACAUUACAAACGGCAUUACUUUAAUAACAUUACACAUCAUGUACAACAUUUGCAGCUCAAAAGCAUUAUCUUAUUAUAAGUAACACACUUCAAGUUUAAAAGUUCAUUAAUUUCAGCCAAAGGCUUAAAGCCAAUAACUCCAUUGAAACACAUUCAAGGCUGGGUGAACUCAUUCUUCGGAUGUGAAGACUGUAAACAACAUUUCAUGCAAAUGACAACCGAAAAGUUCCCCAUGACCGAAGAUCGGGUAGGUCUUUUUUUGUGCAAAAAAAAUUUUUAAAAAAUAAAAAUUUUUAGAUUAAAGGUACACUGAGGUUGUUUAUAACUAAUUUUUCAAAAAUUUAAAAUUUUUUUGGAAGUUAAACUUAAGAAACAUGUAAACUAUAAAAUAAUGUACCUGCUCAGCAAUUUUUGUAGAUACAUAUCAAAGUUACAGCUCGCCAAGGUCAAAAAAUCUUUCUUUUCAGCUAUUUUUUUCCAAGCGGAUCCGAACUUUUUUAGUUUUUCAAACUUUUAAACGGGUGUAACUUUUUUGUAUAUUGAAAUAUUAACAUGAAAUUUUGAAAAUAUCUACAUUAUUUUAUGCUUCAUAAAACGAAGUUUAUAAAUCUUCAAAAAAUUUAAACUUAAUUUUACUUAGCUGUCGGCCUAAAAUUUCAAAAAAAUAACCACCUCUUCCCUCCCAAAUUAAACUAAAAUUUUAGGUAAAACACUCACACGACAUGUUCAUGUACCUAUGGCGUGCCCACAACAUUGUCAACAACCGUCUUCACGGUGAUUCGACCGAAGAUCCUCAAUUCCUCAAAUAUCAAUUCCCACCGUUCUUCCUUUGUCCAACGUGCCACGCUGGAGGACAAUUCAGUCGACGAAAAGUCAGGAACUUCCUUCUUCGAUACUACGUCAACAUUCGACCUUAUCAUAGGGUUCAUUAG